CGUUUUCUCUCGUGUAGCUGUUUUGCAGCUCAGAUCAUUGAGGGCUUUCAGUCUGCAGCUCAGAGGAACCGCUUGUUUCUACAGAUUCCUCUCUGGUCCUGUUGUAAACCUCUUUUUCUCUGAUGGCUUUCUAAGAUCUUGGGCUCCAUCCUGAAGCUGACGAUAAGGAAUUGUUUUGUAAACAGAGGCGCGCGCACCGGAGAGAGAACGUUAUUAACGUGAAGUGAAGUGACGUGAAGUAAAGUAAAGUGAAGUGAAGUGACGUGCAGCACCAUGUUCAGCUGGCUCGGAACAGAUGACAGGAGAAAACGGGAUCCUGAGGUGUUUCACACUGUCGGUGAAGGACUCAAGAAGCUUUACAAAACCAAACUGCUGCCUUUAGAGGAACAUUAUAAAUUCCAUGAGUUUCACUCACCAGCGCUGGAGGAUGCAGACUUCGACAACAAGCCCAUGGUGCUGCUGGUGGGUCAGUACUCCACCGGGAAGACCAGCUUCAUACGAUACCUUCUGGAACAGGAUUUUCCAGGCAUGAGGAUUGGUCCAGAGCCCACCACAGACUCGUUUAUUGCUGUGAUGCACGGGGACAUCGAAGGCCAGAUACCAGGAAACGCCCUGGUCGUGGAUCCAAAGAAGCCGUUUCGUAAGCUUAAUGCUUUUGGGAAUGCGUUCCUCAACAGGUUUGUGUGUGCGCAGCUCCCCAACCCUGUUCUGGAGAGCAUCAGCGUGAUCGACACUCCUGGAAUCCUGUCUGGAGAAAAACAGAGAAUUAGCAGAGGCUAUGACUUUGCCGCUGUGCUUGAGUGGUUCGCUGAGCGUGUGGACCGCAUCAUCCUUCUAUUCGAUGCCCACAAGCUUGACAUUUCGGACGAGUUCUCGGAGGUGAUAAAGGCCCUGAAGAACCAUGAGGACAAGAUCCGUGUGGUACUUAACAAGGCGGAUCAGAUCGAGACUCAGCAGCUGAUGCGUGUCUACGGUGCCCUCAUGUGGUCGUUGGGGAAGAUCGUCAACACGCCCGAGGUGAUCCGCGUCUACAUCGGCUCCUUCUGGUCACACCCGCUGCUCAUCCCUGAUAAUCGCAAGCUGUUCGAGGCUGAAGAGCAGGACCUGUUCAAGGACAUCCAGUCACUGCCACGUAACGCGGCGCUCCGCAAACUCAAUGACCUCAUCAAGAGGGCCAGACUAGCUAAGGUCCAUGCUUACAUCAUCAGUUCUCUGAAGAAAGACAUGCCUGCGGUCUUUGGGAAAGAAAACAAAAAGAAAGAGCUGAUCAACAGCCUGGGAGAGAUUUACAGUCGGAUCGAGAAAGAGCAUCAAAUUUCUCCCGGAGAUUUCCCCAAUCUUAAAAAAAUGCAGGAGCAGCUCCAAGCCCACGACCUGAACAAGUUUCAGCCGCUAAAGGCGAAGCUCCUGGACACAGUGGACGACAUGCUGGCACACGACAUCGCCCAGCUGAUGGUCCUGGUGCGCCAGGAGGAGACGCAGCAGCCUGGGAAGGUUGUAAAGGGCGGAGCUUUUGAGGGCACCAUGAAUGGGCCGUUUGGUCACGGAUACGGCGAAGGUGCCGGCGAGGGAAUUGACGAGCUCGAGUGGGUGGUGGCACGUGACAAACCUACAUACGACGAGAUCUUCUACACGCUCUCGCCUAUCAACGGCAAGGUGACUGGCGCAAACGCCAAGAAAGAGAUGGUGAAGUCAAAACUGCCCAACACCGUCCUGGGAAAGAUCUGGAAGCUGGCCGACAUCGACAAGGACGGCAUGCUGGAUGACGAGGAGUUUGCCCUCGCUAACCAUCUCAUCAAGGUCAAACUGGAAGGGCACGAGCUUCCCAGCGAGCUUCCAUCCCAUCUGGUGCCUCCUUCCAAGAGAAAAAUCCCAGAGUGAUAGACAGCAGGAUUUAGGUCAUGUUUAGGAAGCUUCAUGUCAUGGACACUGUAUAAAGUAACAAUGAACAGAAAUAAAAUGUUAAUGAUUAAAGGACUGCUCUGAAUUGUGCCCUGCGCUGUGGAUUGAUGUUAUUAAGAUAACUAUCGUUUCACCUGUCUGUGGUUUUUGGUUAGUUUGUGUGUGUUUAGCGUGUUUUAAUUUUAAUUUUUUUAAAUUUGGGAAAAGAGAUCAAAAGUCUCUACACCACACAUCCACACGUCUACUGAUACUCAGAGCUAAACAAAACAAUCGUUACUACAGAUUCAGAUUAAACUCGCUUUAACAGAACAUGCCUUUCAUUUCCAGCCACUGUACAUCUGUCUCCGAGCAAUCACGUCUUAACAACAGAAAAUACAACUCAGAACGUCUUAGUCUUAAUUCUCCUCGUUCUAUAUAUAACCAUCGAUAUGACACUUUUUACAGUGUGUGUGUGUGUGUUGUGAAGGUGGCGUGAUGUUCAACACAAGCCCUUCUUCUAGCCUGACCAACAGACUGUUACUGAUGUAUGCUGAUGUGUCGUGUUAGAACGUUGGUUAUUGUAUGGAUGGACCUGUCGUCAUAGCAACCGUCUGGAUUAGUCUUCUGUACAUGUUAAUCCCUGUUCAUGAUCAUUCGAGAUGUAUUUUAAAUGGAUUCCUGGUUUAAAGAUCACUAACAUUCGACUUCAUAGUUCUGACAGUUUAUGAUGAAUGUUACUAUUUGUGUCAUUCCUUUCAAUCGAAUUGUCCUGUUUUCCUGUGUAGCCUUUAACCUUCUGUAGUUUAUUAGAUCUGUCGUUGAGUCUGAGUUUAUUAAUUGUUGGACCUCGGAUCGCCGAGUCAGAGAAGAACAGAGAUGUUUAAAUAAAGGUAAAGCAUGCUAACAAUCUCUACAUCACUAAUACAGGCCUGAAUAAUAAAAUAAAGUGCAUCGACUUUUAUUCAUCAGAGUUAAUAAACUGCUGUGGUUCAGUUGA